AAAUGAGGAUAAAAAGAGAAGCAAGAAAUGACUGAAUGCUACCACCAACAACCGUACAACCCAGAGAGACGGUGAUUCACAAUCUCGAAGAACGCGGGCCCCAUCUCGAAAUCAGUGAACCGCGAUCGGCGGCUGUGACGCUAGCUUGCACGGUAACCGUUGAAGGAGAGAUCGUAUUUGUAUAAAAUGAAAGCUUAGACGCAUGAGAAAAAUAGAAUUUCAAAAAAAGAAAAGAGAAAGAGAGUGAAGAAAUACGAAAAAGUGGUAAAUGCCAAACGGGAAAGAAAAGAGAGAGAGAGAGAGGAGCUGAGGAGGAGAGGUGAAAGAAAGAAAGCCUGAGGCUGAUGGCUCGCCUUUUUCUUUUCUAAAUAAUAAUAAUUCCAUUUUUUUAAUCUGUGCUGUGUCGCUUUACUAUUCUCCUUCCCGACCAAUCUAGCAAAAUUUUCUAUUAAUUUAUUUUAUAAUAUAAAAUAUUUUUAUUUAUAUAUAAUGCUGUAUAUUUAUUUUAUGUAUAUAAUAUAAGCUCAGGCUCUAUAAUAGAGUAUGAUGAUCGAUCCCUUUUGUAGUAUUAAAAAACCUACUCCGGUUUUAAGAGCUUGAGAAUCCCAUCUCAGAGUUUGAGCUUUUUCCUUCUCCAAGCUUCAUUGGCCGCUCAGUAUCAAAUUCAACGUUGUUUCGCAUUUCGAUUUAUCGCUGCUCUGCAAUGUUCCAGCAAUGUACAAGUUACCCCUUCCGAUGUGUAGUCUUGAUGAGUGGAUUAUGUUUAUGCUCUAACUUCCAUGAAUUAUGGGUUCAAAUAUUUGGUUAUGGCAUAUUUGAUGAAUACCAGAAGAGUGGGUAGUUGUAAGAUAGUUAUGGGUAUAUGUUGCUUCUCUCAAAAGACUAAUACAGAAUGUUGUCCGAGAGACUGACUGGUGAAAAAUCUCUAAGUCAAGACUUCGAAGCUUUGAGUGUGUCAAAGCGUCUCGUGAGAAGUGUGAGCCAUAAGUUAAGGAAGAAGAAUCAAAGAGGCCGAAUAGAGGAAGAGGAUGAUGUGAAAGGGAUAUCUUUGAGAUGUCUUACUUUUUAUGGCAGGGGUGGGGGUUGCAAAGUGGGAGCUGACAUAGGUGAUGAAUUUGGAGAUCCAAGUAGCAGGAGGAGGUCAAGUGCCAGUGAUGAAGGCAAGGGGUAUAAACCGAUAUGCAGCACUGAGGAAACUGGAAUGGACUGCUUCUCAUAUGGAGUAAAAGAGAGAUUUUGGAAGAAACAUAACAGAAAGGAGUUUGAGCUUGAAGAGUCCAUAAGAAAUAGUAGAAUGCACAUAUUUCUUCCAGAUGACAUACUGGAAAUGUGUUUGGUGAGGCUCUCACUGACCAGUCUUAUGACUGCACGCCUUGUGUGCAAGAAAUGGAGAUACUUAACUACCACACCUCGUUUCCUGCAAAUGAGGCGGGAGGGUUAUCAUCAGAAUCCAUGGUUGUUUUUGUUUGGUGCUGUUAAAGAAGGCUACUGCUCUGGGGAGAUACAUGUACUGGAUGUGUCCCUAGACCAAUGGCAUAGGAUAGAUGCUGAUGUUCUCAGAGGAAGGUUCAUGUUCUCUGUUGCCAGCAUCCUGGAGGAUAUUUAUGUUGUUGGAGGGUGUUCUAGCUUGACCAACUUUGGCAAGAUGGAUAGAAGCUCAUUCAAGACACAUAAAGGAGUAAUGAUUUUUAGUCCUUUGACUAAAUCUUGGCGUAAAGUUGCAUCUAUGAAGUAUGCAAGAUCAAUGCCUGUCUUAGGAGUUGCUGAGGUCAGUUCUGAUUUUUCAGCUGUUCAGAGUCAUCAAAUUCGAACAGAUAGGCGUUUUUCCCGGUCACGGGGUGGUGGGGUGUCAGAUGUUUAUGAAGAUCCUCAUAGGCUCUCUCUGAGGCGUCAAUAUAGAAAUGCAUUUGAAGAAAGCGAGGCCUUGCCAAAUAGAAAGUCAUUCAAGUUUGUUAGACCAAAAAGUGAUCACUCAAGCACAAAAGGUUAUAAAAGGUUUGUUCUCAUUGCUGUGGGUGGUCAUGGAUCUUGGGAUGAGCCUCUGGAUUUUGCAGAAAUUUAUGAUCCUUUGUCAAAUAAAUGGACAGAGAUCCAAAGGUUGCCUGUAGAUAUUGGUGUUGUUUGUGCUGGGGCCGUUUGUAAUGGGAUUUUCUAUGUUUAUUCUGAGACUGACAAGCUUGCAGGAUAUGAUAUAGAAAGAGGCUUUUGGAUUGGAAUCCAAACUACUCCAUUUCCAUCUCUUGUUCAUGAGUACUACCCAAAGCUUGUAUCUUGCAAGGGUCGGCUGUUCAUGCUUUCUGUUUCCUGGUGUGAAGGAGAUGGUCAGAUAGGCCGGAGAAACAAGGCCGUUAGAAAGUUAUGGGAGCUAGACCUUAUGUAUCUUACCUGGACAGAGGUCUCAGUACAUCCUGAUGCUCCAAUGGACUGGAAUGCCUUUUUCAUGGCUGACCGAAGCCUGAUUUUUGGGGUUGAGAUGUUCAAAAUAUUUGGUCAAGUACUGGAAUUUUUGACUGUAUGUAAUGUGUCAGAUAAGCGGAUGAAAUGGCGUCAUUUAUCAAGCAGUCAUGUAUCUCAUGAAUUGGAUGCUUCAUCGUGCAUGACAAAAUCCAUGGCCGUGCUACAUUUGUAAAGUUCUCUGCAUUUUUUUAGCUCCAGUAAUAUUUUAGAUUUCCAUCCUCCCUCAUGUAAGACAUAUUGAGCAUACACUGCAAAUGUGAUUGAAUUCUUCAGAUAUAAUGAAUUUGUAUCCUGGUAACUCCUGCCCAUGAACUCAAUUUCCUUAAUAAUUUCUAUUAGAGGUAUGUAUGGUAUGCGCAUUGUCUUUGAUUUAA